AUGUCCAUGAAAGCCGUCGUCAUCCACGAGGCCGGGGCCCCCGACGUGCUCAAGCUGGAACAACGGCCCAUCCCAACCCCCGCGGUCGACGAAGUGCUCAUCCGCGUCAAGGCCUUCGGCCUGAACCGCUCCGAGAUGUUCACGAGACAAGGCCACAGUCCGAACGUGCGCUUCCCGCGCGUGCUAGGCAUCGAGGCCGCCGGCGUCGUCGAGGCCUGUCCGUCCGGUAAAUUCCAGCCGGGCGAUAAAGUCGCGUCCGCGAUGGCGGGCAUGGGCCGCGACUUCGACGGCGGGUACGCCGAGUAUACGUGCCCGAAGGCCGUCAACACGCAGCUCCUGACCACGCAGCUGGAUUGGCAGGUCGUCGGCGCCGUGCCGGAGAUGCUGCAGACGGCAUACGGCUCCUUGUUCAAGGCGCUGAAGCUGGUCGCUGGAGACCGUCUGCUCGUGCGAGGUGGCACCACGUCCGUGGGGCUGGCGGCGGCGGCCAUCGCACGGAACCAUGGCUGUUUCGUGGCGGGCACGACGCGCAGCUCGAGCCCCGAAACGGCGGAGCUGAUGCACAAGAGCGGCGUCGAGGAGGUCAUUGUCGAUGAUGGCAAGGUUGCGGACAAGGUCGAGAGUGGCGGGAAGAAAUUUGAUAAGGUGCUCGAGCUGGUGGGGACGACGACGCUGAAAGAUUCGUUGAAGUGUGCGGUUGAGGGAGGGAUUGUUUGCAUGACGGGCAUUGUUGGAAACAGCUGGUCCUUCCAAGAGUUCUCCCCCAUGGACGUGAUCCCGCACUGCGUGUCCCUAACAGUCUAUUCCGGCGGACCCAACGAGUUCAUGGAGACCCCGCUGAACGAGCUGCUCAAGCAGAUCGAGGCGGGCACCAUGCCUGUGCAGGUCGGCAAAGUGUUCAAGAUCGAUCAGAUCGUCGAGGCGCACGAGACGAUGGAGAAGAACCUGGCGCGGGGGAAGAUUGUUGUUCUUACCGAGUAA